AUGAAUAGGUUUUCAAUUUUUUUAUUUAUUAUAAUUAAUUUAUCAAUAAUAAAAAUUAAUAAUGGACAAUUUAAAGCAUUAACAGAUGAAACAUCUAUUAAAGCAACUAUUAUUGAACCAAUUUUUUCAAUGUACCCAUCCUAUUCUUUUAAUAAUUAUUGCAAUUUUAAUAAUAAAAUUUUAGUUGAGGUACCAGUUGGAAUAACUGUUUCAAAUUUUCAGUCUGACAUAGGUGGUGUUCCUUUUAAUAUAAUAUUCAAUAAAGAUAAUUAUUAUAUGUUUUCCAAUAUACAAAAUAGCCCUCAAUUAGGAUUAGUAUCCCAAACAUUAACAUUUACAACUAGUGAUAAUUUUCAACAAACCUAUCAACUAAACACAACAUGUUUAGGAGGAUUGGAACUUUUUGUUAAAGGUUAUGAUUCAAUUUCAAUUAAUGUUGGUGCUAUUGAUAGUAGUAACUUUUUAGAUACAUAUAAUUAUAUAGUUUAUAUGAAUCAGAUUAAUCAAAAUCUAACUCAAGAAAAUGAAAUUACAAUGAAUUUUGUAGGAGGAAAAUCAUUUUCUUUCAAACUCAAUUCAUAUUAUUCUUUUUUUGAGAAUGAUUUACCAACAACUCAUUUUGAAACAUUUUUCCCAUCAAAUAUUUUAUCAAUUAAUUCAAAUUAUACUCAAAUGAGUUAUGGUUAUCAACCAUUAUUUACAUCAACUCUUAAUACAAAUAUUAUGAAACCUUAUCAAGUAUUUAAUAGUUAUGUACCUACAAUUCCACUUAAAGGUUAUAAAGGAAAUAUGACAUUUAUAGGUGCAAUUGAUACAACUAAAGAUCCAAUCAAUUCUGGUGUAUUAAUCAAUAGUACUUUAACCACUGGAAAUGGAUCAACAGUAGAUUUAAAAACAUUUACAACAAAAAUGAAUAUUACACCAAUGCCAAAUUUUAUUUUUCUAUCCCCCUCAAUUGAUUAUAUUGAUAUAGUUAAAAAUUUUUUCCAAGUAUCAUUUAAUAAUUCAUUUGAUUAUCAGUUUUCACCCUUUGAAUAUCAAUAUGUAACUUCUUCUGUUCAAGAGUGGCCAUUUGGAUUUUAUUAUGGUACCAAUUCAAAAUUCACACAUAGAGUUAAUUUCCCAAGAUUAUUGAAAAAAUCUCCAGUUACUCAACUUUCAUAUGAUUGUUUUACAUUGUCAAAAGUACUACAUACUGAUAUAGACCCUUUUGAAAUAUCAAAUGGGAUACCACCAAUUUUAAAAUCAUAUAGUUUCACUAAAAUUACAAGCAUGAACUAUUUAUUAUCAAUCAAUGUUGAAUCUGUUAAUGGUUUUAAAGGUGCAAAAUUUUCGGAUUCAAAUGAUUUUUUAAAAUACAUAUUGGUUUCUGGUACAAUUUAUAAUGGAACAUUCGAAUAUGUUGUUGGUUUAGGUGAUAUUAAAAUAAUAAAUCUUUUUGAUUUAAUUUGGAAUGUGGUUUCUUAUGAAAAUGGUUCACCAAUAUCAUUAAAUCCAUUAAUAGUUUUUGAAAUUCCUCAACCAUUGAAUUAUAAUUAUAACUUUAAAGACUUUAUAGAUUUAUCAUUUUUAAAAAAUAAUUUAGAUUUAAGUUAUGAAAGUGAACAAUAUAAUAUUGCAUAUUUAAAUUCUACAGAAAUACCUAAAGAUGCUCCGAUAUUAUUCAAUUUACUAGAUCUUGUCUCACAUCCAAUAGAAAGAGACAUUGAAUCGGUUUCUUUUCAGAAAAUCCCAUUUAUUUAUAAUACAACAUCAGGAUUAUUUGAAUGUAAAUUCAUUUUACAAAAGAAUAAUAUGUUUGGAAUGAUUCCAUUUUCAAUUUUCGUUGGACAAUUAUCAAUUUAUAGCAAUAGUAUAAUGAAAGAAUUACUAGUAGUUAAUAAAACAGUUCUUGACUAUCAAGGCCCAAUUUUUAAUUCAUUUGAAAAAAUUGGAAAUGGUUUAGUAGUUUCAACAACAGGUACAAUUGGUUGGAAAUUUAAUAUUACAGAUGAUUUAAAUGGGUUUGAAAGUGGUUAUAUUAAAGUAAUGGGUUCAAUUGAUAGUUCAACUUAUCAUUUCAAUUUUAAUAUCGAUGAUGUAAUUGGUGAUAAAUUCAAUUGCCAAUAUCAAAUUUUAAUUAAUAUUACUCAACCAUGUAUAUCACAAGAAUAUAGAAUAGUUAAAGUUUUAUUAUAUGAUACAAAUAAAAUAGCUUCAAAGUUUAUUUUAAAUGGUGGUCCAUAUUCAAUACUUAAUCCAUUUAUUAAUUUAUUAGAUAAAGGUAUAGAUAAUACAAUUUUACCAUUUACAUGUUCAGGUUCAACAAUGCUUGAUUCAAAACCAACAUUAUUAUCAUUUAAAACAUCAGCAGCCACAAUUGAUGUAGGCUCACCAAAUAGAAUAAUUUCAUUUGAUUUUUCAAUCGAUCCAGGUACAAAUGGAAUAAAACAAGAUCAAUUACCAAUUAUUUACUUAACAACAGUUCACACAGAAAUUUCAAAAUGUAAUUCUAAAUUAAUAUUCUAUAGCGCAAAUAAUGCAGUUUAUAAUUGCUCAACAGAAUUACCAUUAGAAUUUGGUUAUCCAGGUAUUAUAGCAUUAUCAAUGUAUGGUAUUGUAAAUAAUGGUGGUUAUUAUUACGGUUAUUCUACAUCAGAUAUUCAAAUGGUUUUAAAUUCAAACUAUUAUUUAGAUACAACAUAUUCAAGUAAUUUACCAGUAAUCACAUCAAGUGAUAAAUAUUAUUCAGAUGAUAAUGGUGAAAUAAUUAUAUAUGGUAGAGGUUUUAUAAAUGUUAAUUUAGUAACAAUUACUUAUAGUGAUAGUGGAUUGUCACCAAAUUCAGCAACCACAGCAUUAUUUUAUGGAUCAUCAGCAAUUAAAUUUUCAGUUUCAACAGCUGGUGGAUUCACAUCAAAUGAAUUCCCAAUACAACCAAUCUAUUUCGAUCGUUCAUUAAAACCAAUACCUACUGAAUCACCUACAACUACUCCAACUGAAACACCAAUACCAACUGUAACACCAAUUCCAACCAAUCCACCACAAAAAUGUCUUGGUAAUCCACAAUGUGGUGGUAAAAAUCAAGGUUAUUGUUCAUCUACAGGUUGUAUUUGUUAUUCACCAUGGAUUGGAGUAACUUGUACUUCUCAAAUUAUUAUUGUACCACAACCAUCAAUUAAUACAACAAAACCAGAUGUUGAAAUACCAACAGAUAAUAAUGGUCAAUCAUCAGAAACAAAUAGUGAAGAAUCUCAAAAAAUGAUAUUUAAAUCAUUAAUAUCAUUAGUAUCAUUAAGAGAAUUAGAUUUUAAUAAUAAAGAAGUAAAUAAUUAUAAAUUCGAUCAAUGGAUAUUUACACCAAUUAACGAAUUUAAAAAUCAAUACUUUACAACAGUAUCAAAUACAAAUAUAACAGCAACUUUAGAAUGGUUUAAUCAAAGUACACCAAUUCAAUUCGCAAAUCAAAAUUUAACAAUGAAUCCAUCUAGUAUUAAAUAUACAAUUGAAAUUACAGAAUAUCAAUUUAAAAGUUCAUUAAAUCAACUUCAAUUAGUAAUGGAAGCAUCAUUAACAACAAACUCAAAUGAUAUUUGCACAUCAAAUCAAUUUGGUAAUACAUCAACAGGUGAUAAUUCAAAUUAUUUAAAGAUUCAAAUUGAAAACCAUUCACUUUAUGGUAGAUUCAUUAAACGUGCUAUUAUUGAUAAUACUGUUAAAAGUAUAAGUAAUGUUUUAUUAGAUUCAUCAUUGAAUGUAAUUGAUAGUUCAUCAUCAUCAUUACAAUCAUUUAUUGGUAUUACAAUUCCAAAUUAUAAAAACUCAAUAGUUGUUGAUCCAGAUUUCUCAGUGCUUGUUGAUAGUAAAUCAGCCUCUGAUGAAGAUGAUUCAGUUUGUACAAAAAAUAAUUCUGGUUUAACAACUGCUCAAUUAGCUGGUAUAAUUGUUGGUUCAAUCGCUUUCGCUGCUGUAAUAGUUAUUGCCACCACUUAUUUUAUUGUUAAAAAUAAAAAAGAUAAGCGUUUGUUGCAACAAAUAAAUAAUAAAAUGAAUAGUUUAAAUAAAUAA